AGAAGGUGCGGAAAGGGAAGGACGGGAUGUGCAAUGAGAGCAGCACAAAGGCAGGCGGUGCACAGGGAGGGAAACUUGUGAUAUGUCACUGGGAGCAUGCCGUCCUGCAUCGUAAAUGGAUGUAACAGCUCAUGGAAGAUCAAAGAUCCUGACUUAGUUCUACAUUCUUUUCCAAGGGAUAUAGAUAUAAUUAAAAGAUGGCUGUUAGAGACACCGCAGGAGUUUGAAGACAUAGAUGCCUUGUCUCAAAAGAUUUUCCUUAGUGCAAAAGGAGCCUUUCGUAUCUGCUCAAAACACUUCAGUUUUGAGUGCUACGAAGUCAGAGGAACAACUCGAUGUUUAAAGAAAAAUGCAAUACCUACUAUAUUUCCAUCCGAAUUGUGCAUCAAUAAAACUUUGAAAUCUAAAAGUGUCAAAAAAGAUGAAAGGCCAAUGUGCAGCUUUGCAGGCAUUGAUAAUUUUGAUCAUUUAUAUGCUCGAUCACCGACUCUUUUAUGUUCUAGUACAAUAUCUGUGUCCAUUGCUUCUCCUUCUGAUGUGAUAGAUGUUGAUUCUGAACAAAGCUUAUCAGAAGAAACUGCAGUGACGGUUAUAGAAUUACCAAUACAUCAGUCUUCUAGAGAACAUCGUAGCAGAGGAUUCAUAAGAAAAGGUACCGGCCGCACAAGUCAUACACGAUCCAUUGGUACUAUGACAGAUUAUUUCCCAGGCCAAGUUCAUAAGUCCACACAAACUGAUCCAGUUUUUGGCACAAAAAACAAGAAAGUAAUGGCCAAUAUUUCCAAGUCGACUAAAUCGCUUGGCAUUCAAUGUCAUGUGUUAGAAGAAGCAAUACGUGGCACACUCAUAAGCAGUAGGACCUCUGAAAGCAACCUCAACCAAGAGUCCCCAAAUGUUAAUUCAUCAAAAAACCCACAGGUAUGGAUUGCACCCAUACCUUCAAAAUCCAGGAGAGUUAUUUGCAGGCAGUUGGAAAGACAACAUCCUAUAUUUUAUAUGAUAUAGACGCUGUUUUCUUAAUGUCAAAGUGAACCGUUUGAGGACCACUAUUUUCAGCCUGUAUUAGAAGCCAUCUGUCAAGAUUUUCAUGCAGAUGGCCACAGGCUAACCAUGGAGGACUAUAGCAAAUGUCAGAGAAGUUCAGUUUGUAAGCUAGAUAAAAAGCAUGAGCUGAAAAGAGUCACACCUGUUAUGUAGACCUCCUCCCUAGCAUAGUAUUGGUUUGUGUGUUGAUUGUUGUAGUCCAGGAUUUGACCAAUGUAACUUGAAUGCACACUAGCUCACAUUUGCAUCAUCUUUUUUAUUCAUUGUGGUCUUUUCUUUUCAUGAACACGUUAGAAAGUGUUAUUUGUGUUUUGCUUAUUACUUUCUUUGUGGGUUUACUAUGGAGCAAAAUAUUGACCCGUGACUAGGGAAAGAUUUCUAAUAAACACAUUUCCAUUUUAGCAAGAGUCUAAUCACAUGACUCAACUCCAUAUUUUCAGGACAUGCCAACACAAUGUAUAUUUAAAGUAACCAAUUUUACAUCAGUGUCUCCAGGAUUAUCAAAAUAAUUCAAUAGAAGGAUGGCAUUUAUGGGAUAUUAGAAAAUAUUUAGGGUCAAGGUUUGUUGUGUUUGACAUUAUGCUAUUCUUUCAAAGGACAUUCACAUACAGGACUUUUCUGUAGGGUAAGGACAUGUUCACUAUUUCAACCAUGUUUUCUUUAAUGAAAUGCAUCUUAAAGAGUUUUUCCAUAUGAUAAAAUGAUGGC